AUGGACAUAGGAACUGUGUUUGUCCAUGCUGUUGCAAAUUUAUAUUCAACAUUCACAGCACAGGCAAAACUUAUUCUUCAGGAGGAUCCUUCGUCAGAGCUAAGUGUGGAUUUAGGAAGCAGACCUGGCUUGGAACUAGAGACGCCAGCUGGCAAUGGAAUAUCACUGAGGCUAGGAAGCCUUCAAUAUGGCCAGUCACGGGAUAUUAUUAUCCGUUACAGUAAAGCAUCGAAGAACCGCACAGUUAAUAUACGAGGCAAACUUGUUUAUGCCGUUGAUGGCGAGACUAAGGAGGUCCAGGUGCAGAAGGUGGUCAACAUCGAUGAGAUCUCAGUACCUCAGGCUGUGAGCGACUACCAUUACAUGCGCUCAAGGCUUUGUACACUUCUAAGGACUUUCCACCCACUUGAGGAUACCGCAGAGAACUUCAGUUUCUCCUUGAGGGGCGUCGAAGAAAUGCGAACGAAGCUAGAAAGCCUGGCUACUGAAAUCAAAGGUCUCGGUCACACUGAUGAUUACAACCGGAGCAUUAUUGAGGAUAUCGCUGGUGAAUCACCACAUGGACAAAUAGGCAUGGCAUUGUCAUCCCCAGAGUUCUAUCACCGUUGGGGUGGGCACUACCACCCAGGCCCAUUGAUGUACGGCAAGGCUUCUCCCCUGUUCUGUAAUUGUCGGGCCGAGCUGGACGGAGUGUUUGACAACUUACCACCUCCUAAGCCAUCACGGCCGUCAUCCUCGGGAGCACCCCACCGUCCAGUACGUAUGUCUCAAUAUAACAGAUCCAGUGGACCGUGUUUUACAGGAAACUGCCAUAUCCGAAUCUCCAGCAAGGAAAGUGAGCUUAUCAACGCUACCAUUUCUCUCGAGAAUCUUCGCCCCGGCAUGUCAGUAUGGACUCCACACGGACCGCGGGAAGUUAGGGCUGUCCUGCAAACUAGCGUGAACCACAUCGACAUCUGCAAAAUCGGCACACUCCAGAUCACUCCAUGGCAUCCAAUGCGAAUUCAAAAUGAAUGGGAGUUCCCUCUCAAUGUGACCAAAGAAGGUCUUCAAUACUUUUCCGGAGACAUCUAUUCAGUGUUACUUGAACCUGAUUCUAACUCCGAGGCACAUGCCAUUAUGGUAGAGAACCACAUCUGUGUCACUCUGGGUCAUGGAAUUUUGACUGGAGAAGAUGUUCGCGCCCAUGAGCUAUUUGGUGACUACCAGUUGGUUUCAAGGAAGCUAGAAUCGCUUCCAAAACUUCCUAAUGGGUUGCUACACAGCAUCGGGGUCGAACGGUCACCUGAGUCAGGCCGCAUAUGCGGAUUCAUCGGAGGAGACCGCCUUCUCAAAGCCCUUAAUGUACCCUGCAAAAUUGAGGGAGAUCACCAAUGUGGUGGAAGCUAUGUUAAGGUUACUGUUUGA